AUGUCCGCUGAAAGCCCUGGAGAAAAGCGCGGUGGCUUUCGGGCGUUCUUCGCCGGCGCUCUCCGACCUAAGAAAUCCCGUCAGGUCCUCCGGAAGGCAUCGGCUCCGAAUCUAAGAGAAGCUCUACCAAGCAAAAAUGACGUCCCGGAGGUGCCUUCGCUGACCCCAUGGGAGGCCCACCGACUCAAACACCGAGAAGCAAAUCUUCAGAAAGAUACACAGCUAGGCGAAGUCCGUGAUCAUACCGCAAUGCUGCAUUCAAUUGGUGUGGGAGAUCUCGACCCUUCCGACCCAAACGUGCAACUACACGAAUUCGACAACAGACCGCCAGGCGAGCCCGUGAUUGCCAGCUUAACAUCGGACCUCUGGGCCAAGGUCGCUGAGUAUCUCAAUCCCGCCGAGAGAGCCAGUCUGGCUUUCUCCAGCCGAACACUAUACACUCGUCUGGGCCGCGAGCCCUGGAUAACUAUAAACCUCCCAGAAAACCACGACUACAAGGCGGACUUCCUCAUCUCACAAGACAAACUACUCCCUCACCAUCUCCUCUGUUUCCCCUGCGGCAAAUACCAUCGCCGCACACAAGAAGGCUGCGAAAAGCUCGAGCCUGCAGACGUAGUCAAUCCGCUCUUCGACUGCCCCAACGCCCGCAACAACGCCCGCCCAGCACCCCGCCACCGCAUCACCCACGGUCGAGUCCUCUACUUCACCUUCCACCAGCUCGUCAUGCGCGCAUACCGAUUCGGACCGAGCUACGGCAUCCCACCUGACUCCCUAUGCCGUCGCUGGCGUAGGGACGGCUGGUACCACCAGACCCGAUACCACAUCCACCACGGCCGACUGCUCAUGCGGGUCGUGAGCACCUGCUUCGCUGACCCAGGCCUCAGUGUCAGCGAACAGCGACUUCUCCUCUACUCGCGCGAUGAUUACUGGCCAUAUUUCUCCGUCUGCGCGCACUGGCGCGACGGCGAACUCAUGAACAUCUGCAAAUGCGCCCUCGGCCACAUCCCCGUACCCCGCACCACAAACGGCCUGCAGGGCCUCGAGCACCGCGCAAAAGACAUGUAUCACCGUCGAAUCCACAACCCUAACGCCCUCACAUCACUCUGCGGUAAGUGCCGGCCCAUGCGUCGCUGCCCCGAGUGUCCCUCCGAGUAUCUGGUUGAGGUCAAGCUCACCGAGGACCGGAGUGGUUCGCAGCGCAACGUGUUCCGGCAUGCGAUUGUCGUGACACGGUGGACUGAUUUGGGAGAUGGGCGGUCGCCGCGGUUGUCGAGGGAGUGGGCGGCGAUAAAUGGGGACGAGGCGGGGAAGGGGUACGAUUCUUUUGCGGAGAUAGGGAAGAGGGCUAUUUCGGGGAUCUUUGAGUCGGCUAUUACGGAUGAUACUUUGCCUGGGCAGAGGAUUCUUUCAAUGAAUCCCAAGGGGAAGAAGCUGGGCGAAGCUGGGAAUAAUUGGUAUUGA